AUGGGUAGACAGAAGCCAUGGGCCAAGAAGAAUCAGGACACUUGGCGAGAUUCAGGGCGUGGACCAAGCUGGCAACUGUGGCAGGGGUCAUGGUCGUCUACCUCGCCGCGGCAGCAGCAGUGGUCGGAUCAAGCUAUCCCAGCCACUUACGACCGGACUUGGGUCCCUCAAGCUGCGGGCGCGGAGCCGCCUUCUCAAGGUGCGCCGCGUGUAGCCAUGGCUCCCCAGCAGGAGCCGGGAGAACAAGGCGGUCUGCGUCAAGAGCUCCAGAAGUCGCUGACUGCGAGCAAGCGGUGCGAUACCAAAAUCCGCAAGCUCUUGGAGACAAAGGAGAUGAGGCAGAUGCAGUUCAAGCACUACCGCGAGCAGAUCAAGGCCGCUUUUGCAAAGCAGAAGGCUCAAUUCGAGAGAGACAUCCAGUCCUUCGACGAGGAGAUUGCAGUUCUGAAGCAACAGGGGGAGGCUGCUGCGGCCCACAUGCAGGAUCUGGCUAUCAACGGCCUGCCCAAGAAGGAUGCCGAGCUGGGGCCGAAUGCGGCCGACGUAGCGUGGGAGGAGCUCAUGGGCGCACCCUCAGCGGAGCCCCAGAUGAUGGACUUCAUGAAGCAGGCUUACGCGGCGGCAUUGGCUCUUCAGCAGAAUGGUGGACUGGCAGGGGCCUCGCGACAGUUGGGUCUGGGCGUCAUGCCGCCCCAGCUCAUGGAGCGCCUCGUUGGGUGCCCGACAACUGGUGCGAUGGGCCCUACAGGAACUGCACACGAGCCAACGAACGCGCCGGGCGGGACAGAUCAGGGCUUUCGAGUCUGUACCACCGGGGCUGCCCAUCGACCCCCUCACGUAUUCGGCAAUGGAGGUGGUUCCGGAGAGGAUGGGGCCUUACUCCCGGUCGCCGGGUGCUCCUUCCCCUUUGGGGAUCCGGGAAGCACCCAGUCGAGCGCAUGGCUCCGGUUUCCCUCCUGGGAGCGCGGAAAUGGACGCCGCUUCCAAUGUGCGGACCAGGGAGGGGGUCAAGACCACUACGAUGGUCCCUUGUCUACAGGCCAUCUCCUGGACGACGACUCCGAAGACGAUUUGGCCAACGCCAACGAGAGGUUGCAUGGGCAACUCCGUCGAAAGACGGUGAUUACCGACGGCUCCCUGGGGGUUGGAAGCCAGUUGGUG